ACUGUAGAUUGAUAGACAGACAGACAUACAGAUAACUAGAUAAAUAGCCAGACAGAUACAUAGAUAUACAGACAGACAGACAUACCGUUUUUUUAUUCUUCUCUCUCAACUUUAAAACGUCUAUUUUUAUAUUUAUAUAUUCUAUUAUGUUAUCCUUAGCAAGGAAUUCAUUUCCUAGUAAAUAAUAAUUCCAGUAGGUACAUUUAUAAAUAGAGGUAUUUAUAAAUCUGUAUUAAUUGAUUAAGUUAUAUUUUAAACGAUGUUUACCGGAUUCUGACUCCCUGCGUGUGAUUGGUUGAUAAGCUAUAAGGAGGGCGUUAUCUGAUGACGCACUGGCACUAACCCCGCCCCCACCAGAACUAAACAUAGUAGUAAGCCACGGAAUCCAAGGUUCAUGUUUCAACACCAGCAUCGUGUAUUUUCCACUGUACGCCUUCACCAUGGUAUUUUCUUCUCAUACAUCAGGUAAUUGUGUAAGACCUUGACAGUCACACAACACGCCUCGUUUCAUUCUCCCGGACAGUCGCUAUAUAUUUAAGCACAGCUCGUGACUUAAAUACAGCACAACAUGCCAGGAGUCACGCCGAAAAACUUAUCUUGGGUCGAGCCAAAGAAACUCGCCGCGCUGGCUCUGCCUUCAGAACCGGGUCAUUAUAAGUACCUGGUGGAGAAUGGCAUCACACACCUUGUAUGCUUGUGCGAAUCCAAACCUCCGAACUAUGACACCUGUCCGGAACUCACCCUGCAUCACAUCAACAUCGUGGAUUUCACACCACCCACUCCGAGCCAGAUACAGCGAUUCCUAGGCAUCGUGGAGGAAGCCAAUGGCAAAGGACAGAGUGUUGCGGUUCACUGUAUGCACGGUCAUGGCAGGACUGGGACCAUGCUGGCCUGCUAUCUGGUGAAAACCAGGAACAUUUCCGGUCUGGAAGCCAUCAAAGAAGUCCGGCGACUUCGACCGGGGUCGAUUGAGACAGAAGAGCAAGAGAAAGCAGUGAUAGAGUUUCAACAACACAUUCAAGAUAGUUUCUGUGUGAACAACAUUAACACUCCACCCACAUUUAAAUCUAUAUAAUCAUGUCUGCUGUUGUUAGUAGUAAUCUAUGUGGUGAGUCACACACUCAGUAAGCCUGCUAGUAUGAGUUAUUAAGAAUACACAAAACUAUAAUCUAUAUAACAAACCUGCAUUGUGUAGCCUGACAACUCUUUAUGUAUAGCCUAUGGACUGGGUGUGUUUGUUUAUCCACAAAACAUGAAUCGGUUCACCUAGGAAACUUAAAAGGGUUGAUUCUGCUUUGUCAGUUGUACUUAAAAAAACAAAACAACUUGGGUACCAAAAUGAUCUUUACAUAAUUACUGGUGCUAGUAUUUUGCAUUUAAUGUGAUGGGUCUAUUCAUUUAUUUAAAAGUAUAAUAAUGUAAUUCAUAGAUGAUAUCUCUGUAUGGUAGUGUUUUAAAGUCAUUAUAUAUUUAUGCAUAUGCUUUUAUAUAAAGUGACUUACACUAUUGUGCAAAAGUCUUAGGCCACUAUGCCAGGAUUAGAUUUGUUGUUUUUGCAACGUUAUAGUGAUCAUAUAUAAUUGUUUCUCAGUCUCUUUAAUAGAAUACAUCCAGAAAAUACAGGAAAUGUGUAUAUAGUAUUAAAAACUGUAUAAAAAUGUAAACUGAUGUGUCAAGUUUUUAGGGUAAACUCCCUUUCCACUUGAGCAAUAGCAGGAAACAGCAGGAUCUCUUAAACCGAAAUAAAAUUAAAUCCUAAUUUCUAAUUUUAAAGAAAUUAGUCAUUUUAAUUCAUUCUGCUUAAAUGCUUCCAAAUCAAUAAGAUAUUUAAUAGUGUUUAAUGUUCGUUUUUCUGUUUACAUCAAAAUGCAUAAAAUAAAAAUACGCUCCAAAAGCAGUUGCAUGCAAAGCAUGCUGGGAAAUACAGAUCCACGGCCCAGUUAGUAAUAGCAACAAUAAUCAUUCAUGUUGUCCCAACAUAAAAUGAUUAAGUGGACUGAACUUGAUAAAAUGAGAGAUAAAAACGGUAUUCUUUUUCCAAAACUCAGACUAAUUGUGUUAACGCAAUUAAAAAGAAAUCAAUAAAUUAUAGUACAAAUUCAUUUUGUGUUAGACUAAUUUAAUUGCUCUUAAUGAGCUAUUUUAAAUUAAUUGAACACAAUUUUUAUGUGUCAUUCCUAAGAAGGGCUUGAAUCAUUUUUUUUUUUUACAUAUUUCCUGUAUUUUCUGUUUGUAUCUUUAUAAAAUAGAUUGAAAAAUAAAUAUGGAUGGACAUUUAAAAUUCUAAAACAACGAGUCUGGUGGUGGGGGUCUAAGACUUUUGCACAGUACUGUACAGUGCAUCACAAGUUAUACAUUUUUUUAUGUUUGUUCCCCGUGUUAAAUCCAUGACCUGUUGUGCAAUGCUUUACCACUGAGCUAUAAAAGAGCAUACAGUAUUUUACCUCUUAAAACAAUGCAAUAUUCAUGAUUAAAUUCAUAUUUGUAAAAAUGUAAAGGCAUUUAAGGAAAAUUGCAUUAGUGUUUAGAUUUGUGCAUUUGGCAACACUUAUCCAAAGCGACUAGCAAUGCAUCACAAGGUAGCCUAUACAUUUUAAAUCAGUAUGUGUGAACCCAUGACCUUUUGCACUGCUUUAUUACUGAGCUCUAUACAGGAGCAAACAUUUACUUGCCAUUUUGUGUAUCUAUAAAACUACACUGCAAAAAAUGACUUUCUUACUUUGUAUUUUUGUCUUGUUUUCAGUAAAUAUAUCUAAAAAGUCUUAAAUUAAGAUGCUUUUUUGAUGAGCAAAACAACCCAAGAAAAUAAGUAAAAAAAAAUCUUUCUUGGAUUUAGUGUUUAAGAAAAAUGUUCAAGAUUUUUUGCAUACCCCAUUGGCAGAUUUUUUUUGCUUGUUUUAUGCACAAAAUCACUUUAAUUUGAUAUUUUUGAUCUAAAAACUAGACUUAUUUUCUUGGAUCGUUUUGCGCAUCAAGAAAAGGCAUCUUAAUUUAAGAAUUUUUAGAUAUUUUUAUUGAAAACUAGACAAAAAUACUAAGAAUUUUUUUCUUGAAAAUAUUUUUUUUUUUUUUGCAGUGUAUUGAUAGCAAUAAACACUAUUCAGCACACACCCUUUAAAUUAGAGAUUAUAAAGAUUUUUUCCAUUUUAUCAUAUUGUAC